AUGUCAACGAAUCCAGAUCUGUCCUCGGUCCUGAGGACACUCUCUGCCUUUGCAAACCCGUCCUCAACACCACCACCAUCGCAGCAGCAACAGCAACCUCCCACCCAUCUAGCUCCAACAUCAAGGUCAACACCAACUCCCAUACAAAAACCAAAUACCAAACAACACCCCCCACCCUCACAAAUAGUGACAUGGUCCCCCGCCCUAAAACACAUAAUGCACCUUACAGCCCAAAACCAAGACUUCUCCACCCGGAUCCAACACCUCAUCAAAUCCCAACGGGAGCAUGAGCGAACGUGGUGGAAGGCGCGUGAGGCAUUGAUCGAGAAGCAGGCGGCCAGAGAAGAGAAGAGGAGGAGGAUUGAGGAGGUUUUGAAAUCCGUCGGCGCGAGUAGUGCAGGUGCAAGUACGAAUGCGACUAGUCCCGAGGGCACAACUGGGAAAAUAUCUCAAGAAAAUGCAACAGAACUCAAGGCCUACGACUCAAAAGUGUACCAAGCAUCGCUCGACAUGGCGAGGGCCAUGGAGACUGAAUUAUGCAGAUUGGGGGUUCCUUUUUUUUGUAUUGAUCGGAGUCUAGUAUCUACUAUUGAAGAUGAAAAGGGGGGAACGGUGACGGCUGGGGCAGGAGAGCAUACGGCAAUGACGACGACUACGACGACGAAAAUAUCCAAAGAGGAGUUGGAGGUAUUGAAGAGGAGGAUUCUGGAUUUACUAGUUGACUUGUGCUCAUAG